AUGAUCAUAAGAAGCUUACGAUUCACUGAUUGUGAGUUCUGGGAAGAGGAACCGGGAAAACUGCCUCAGAUGCUUAUUGGAAAGGGAUGUCGAGAAGAAGCAAUACAACGCAACAUACGAAUGGAAGGAGGCAGAAGAAAAGUUAUGGACAUGCCAGCCCUCCUGCGAAAUGGCUCAGAAGCCACGGACAAUACUAUGAAAAUGGAACAUUCAUACGAUCCUGAAAGAAAGGACAAACCUGUUAACCAACUUUUCCACACAACAUGA